AUGGUUGAGACCGAUGUCUCCAUUGAGAUUAAACGUCAGAAGCUGGAGGAUCUAUUCUGUCAAGAAGGUGCAAAGGGAUCUGAGAAAGCUGAGGUAGAAAAACUGAUGGAGACAACUUUCUGCCUGCAACGGAGCCAAAUAAAUAGUGUGCCAGCACCUUCUGUUGCGGAGUUGAUGGAAAAGUGUCCAUACCUCUUUUUUCAGAAAGGCCUGUUCGCCCAUUUUGAGCUGCUCACUGACAUUAAUGUCCUGCAUGCACUUGAACUUUCUAUGGAGGAGUGUGGAAAGAGCAUCUUAGAGUUUUUUAAAAGCAAGCCUACCAACUCAGAAGUCAAGUCAAUCCUUUCCAAAGAUGAACCCAUUGAUUCAUCAUACCAAAUUGUUCAACUCCUAAUGGCUCACUUCAAGGAAAAGCAAGAUGGACUCAUUCUUCAAGAAAAUAUGUCUGCCACUCCUGCUGACCUCGAAAAGACGGGGAACCUGCCUGUGAGUCCUCGUUUGAUCCUGCUUGGUGAUAAUCCGGGCCAAUGGAUGAAACGAUGGAUGAUCAGCCUCGAAGGCCGAAUAAUCUGCGAGGGUGUUCAGCCAACUUUUCUCUCUGGACUUGCUGCAUUGUUCUCUUCGUAUUACAUUUUUAAUUUGCAGUACCAAGAGGAAGCAGCAUCCACACUAGAAUUCCUUCAAAGACGUUUUGUUGGAAUUAAUCCAGAAAAGGGGACCAAGGCUGCAAGGGGAAAGGUGAUGUCCAAAAAAUCUGGGAAAACUGUGCAGAAGAAGACCAUAACAGUCAGUACCAAAGUAUCAAAUCUUUUAAAAAGACUUAUGGACUUUGAGUGGCACUUCACUUAAAAUGUAGCUGACACUCCCCACUCAUGCAGUUUGUUUUCAAAAACAUGGUCGUCUGGUGUUAUAUUUUGUUUAUACAGAGUUGUUUAGAUAUUAAAA